GCCGGCUGAGGGAGGGGGUGCGGUGGCUCUGGAGUCCAGCGCUCCCUGAGGCCGUGGACGUGAUGCUGGCUGCUGUGGGUCGGGCGGCUGGGCCAGCGGGGAUGUGACGGGCGGCCCCUCGCCUCACCUGCCGUCCUUUGGCCUGCAGGUCGCUGGGCGACCCGCAGCCGGGCCGCGGCUGAGGAGGCAGCGCGACCUCCGCACGUUCGCCCAGGAUGUUGGCCAUCUCGUCCAGCACUAGAGAAGAUUUUGUCAAAUUUUAAGAACAAAUGCACCAUAUAGCUCAUGGAAGAAAAAACACAAAUCAAGACUUUUUUGGGUUCCAAGUUGCCAAAGUAUGGAACAAAACCUGUAAGAAGUACACUGCAGCCAAUUCCAAAUGGAAAACCUGUUAAUUUAUUGGGAACGUCCAAGAGUAGCAAUGCCAAAAGUUACAUCAAAAAUAAUGGCUCUGAUUGUUCAUUGUCCCAUUCAUUUAAUUGGAGAACGGCAAAUAAAUACCAAUUUAGUGCACAAAGUCCUGAAGAGCCUAACGGUACUCAGAGUUCACAUGAUAAAGAAAUUGAUCCUGAAAAACAUGCACCUGCUCAAGGAAUGUUUGAUAAAAAUGGGAUGAAGGGAGGUUUGAAAAGUAUUUCUUUACUCACAUCAAAGUUAGCAAAGCCAUCUACUAUGUUUGUGUCAUCUGCAGAAGAGUUAAACCAAAAGUCCUUGUCUGGACCGUCUAAUUUGGGUAAAUUCACCAAAGGCACAUUAUUAGGAAGGACUUCAUAUGCUUCAGUCAGUGCUCCAAAAUCGCAGUUGAAUGGAUUUUAUGGAAACCGAUCAGCUGGUAGCAUACAAAGGCCUAGAGCAAACUCCUGUGCCACCAGAAGCAGUUCUGGAGAAAGCUUAGCACAAUCCCUAGAUAAUAUUAAAUCUCUUGCUUGUGAAAAAAUGGUUAGGUCACAGAGUUUUUCACAUUCCAUUCAGAAUUCCUUCCUUCCACCUUCAUCUAUAACCAGAUCACAUUCCUUCAAUAGAGCUGCAGAUCUUACAAAGCCUUAUCAGAAUCAACAGCUACCCAUUAGAGUGCCUCUGAGGUCAAGUAUGCUAACAAGAAAUUCUCGGCAGUCGGAAGUACUCAAUGGGAAUGAACAUUUAGGGUAUGGAUUUAAUAGGCCUUAUGCUGCUGGUGGAAAGAAGUUGGCUUUACCAAAUGGCCCGGGUGUAACUUCCACUUUGGGUUAUAGGAUGGUUCAUCCCUCUCUACUGAAAUCUGGCCGACCUCCAUUUUCUGGGACUAUCACAGUUGAUGGUAAUAAAAAUUCACUGGCUGACACAUGUAUAGAGGAAGAUGCUGUACUUGUGGCUAAGGACAGAGCUAAGGAUAAGGACCAAGAACUAAUUGAAAAUGAUAGUUAUAGAACAGAAAAUGACCAGACCAUGAAGCAUGAUGCUAAAAUUAGAUACCUGAGUGAUGAUGUGGAUGACAUUUCAUUGUCUUCUCUGUCAUCUUCUGAUAAGAAUGAUUUAAGUGAAGACUUCAGUGAUGAUUUUAUAGAUAUAGAAGAUUCCAACAGAACUAGAGUAACUCCAGAGGAAAUUUCUCUCGAAGAAAAGUGUGAAAAUGUACCACCGAAGGAUAUAUUUGAUUCCCCCAAGGAAAAUGAAAAAUCCUUCAGUAAAACUGAUGAGUGGAUAGAUAUAAGUGUCUCUGUUGAAGACAGGAGUGAAUGUUCAAAACAUGCUUCUGGAAACAACUUGAUUUCACCAGAUACAGAUUACAGAGCUGGUUCUUCAUUUGAACUCUCUCCAUCUGAUAGCUCUGAUGGAACGUACAUGUGGGAUGAAGAGGGCUUGGAGCCCAUUGGAAAUGUCCACCCAGUUGGGAGCUAUGAGUCCUCUGAGAUGAACAGCAUAGAUAUUCUGAAUAAUCUUGAAUCAUGUGACCUUGAGGAUGAUGACCUUAUGCUUGAUGUGGAUCUGCCUGAGGAUGCACCUCUUGAGAAUGUGGAGUGUGACAAUAUGAACCGCUUUGACCGAUCAGACAGAAAUGUUCGGCAGUCUCAAGAAGGAUUUUGGAAAAGGCCACCCCAGAGGUGGAGUGGACAGGAACAUUACCACCUUAGCCAUCCUGACCACUAUCAUCACUAUGGAAAAAGUGACUUGAGCAGAGGCUCUCCCUAUAGAGAAUCUCCUUUGGGUCAUUUUGAAAGCUAUGGAGGGAUCCCCUUUUUCCAGGCUCAGAAGAUGUUUGUAGAUGUACCAGAAAAUACAGUGAUACUGGAUGAGAUGACCCUCCGGCACAUGGUUCAGGAUUGCACCGCUGUAAAAACUCAGUUACUCAAACUGAAACGGCUGCUGCAUCAGCAUGAUGGAAGUGGUUCAUUGCAUGAUGUUCAACUCUCCUUGCCAUCUAGUCCAGAACCAGAAGACGGUGAUCAGAUAUACAAGAAUGAAGAUUUAUUAAAUGAAAUAAAACAACUUAAAGAUGAAAUAAAGAAAAAAGAUGAAAAAAUCCAACUAUUAGAACAUCAGCUUGCAACUCGGUGUAACUGCCAUCAAAAAUCUAAAGAGGAAAAAUGCACAUAUGCUGAUAAGUAUACCCAAACACCCUGGAGAAGAAUUCCUCCUCAAGUACUACAGCCUUCCAGCAGCCUUCCCAGACCCACAGACCACGCCCAGGGAAAACUAGUAAAGCCACAACAUAUCGAGGCCCACAGUGAGUGCAUAAUCCAGGGCAUACAUCAGGCUGUUGCACCUCUGGAUGAAAGCUUUACACAUGGCUUGCAACAAGAAAGCAGCAGUGGUCUGGAAGACCGGCCUUUUUCAUCAAGCCCACAAUUCACUAAGGAUGUGGUGGAGAGUACACCUUCUGAAGCAGACUUGAACAUGACCAUGAAUGCUCAAGAGCCUUAUCAUUUGGCAAAUAAUCAAAUUAGUGACAUGCAGUUUGUAACCACUUCUCUUCAGACACUUCCCCAGUCAAGUAUAGUAGACCAGGCUAAGAGAGUUGGAAGAAAUCAGUCUUCACCAGAGGGCUACACAUCUCAGCCCAAGUCCUUGAAGCUUUUUAAGCCAUCCAUCUUGAAUUCUGUGGUACCUCCUCCAGUUCCUGAAACGUGUCCAAGUGGGAAUCCCACUUGUAAGAAGUCACCAAUAAUCACACAAUGUAAUUCUGCAAAACUCCAGCCAACAUCUAGUCAAACAAAUCUUGCAAAUAAUCCAAAUCCAAAAGCGUCUAAGCUCCGCCCCCCUGCUGGCUCUUUCAAACAAAAACAAAUAAGCAACCCCCGACUAGAGCCUCAAAACUUCCAGGCCAAGACAAGCAUCCCAAGGCCACUAACAAGAAGAAAAGAAAUCAUGCAGAAUCCUAAUGACAAUUUGAAUUCUGGGGAUUGUUUGGCCUCUAAUCAAUAUUCUCGUCUUCCUAAACCAAAGAUACAUUAAGCAUAGCCGUCACCUGCCAAUUUGUUUUUUUUAAAAAACAGUCUGUAAUAGCUUUAUGUGCAGUUUGCUACUGUGAUGGAGGUUCUAUUAAAAGCUUGCAAAUCUAAAAAUUAAAAUGUGGAAGCUUCUA